AUGUCGACAUUCACGGGUGGCGCCUUGAAGCUGAAGGGUGGUCUGAAACCCACCGGCAUCAAGAAGAAGAAGAAAAAGUCCUCGACCACCACCGAGCUCGUCGCCGUGGAUGGCGCGGCUGGCAAGGAGCUCGCUGGUGGCAAGGCUGUGCAGGAGGGCGAGGGCGCCAGCGCACCCCUCGCAGUGGAGGACCGCCGCACCGCCGCAGAGAAGGCUGCCGAUGCCCACGCGCUCAAGUACGAGGAGGCCCGCAUCCGCAAGGCGGCGGCCAAGUCCCACCGUGAGCGCAUCGCGGAGAUGAACGAGAAGCUGGCCAACCUGACCGAGCACCACGACAUCUUCCGCAUCAGCUACACAGCCUGA